GAGAGGGAAGUUUGCAUCUUGCGUUUAUGAUAUCGGUGCGGUAAUAAUAUUGUAAAGGAUUUACGUAUUUAUUACUUAGCAGUCACAACUCUAGCCAUGGCGGAUGUUUUGGACAUUGAUAACGCCGAGGAGUUCGAAGUCGAUGAUGAAGGAGAUCAGGGUAUUGCUCGUCUCAAGGAAAAAGCAAAGAGAAGGAAAGGUAGAGGUCAUGGUGCAGAAUUAGUAUCAACAAGAGAUGAUGUUGGUCAUUAUGAAUCUAUGAAUAUAGUUGAAGAAGAUGAUAAUGAGCCUGGUCCUCAGAGAUCUGUGGAGGGCUGGAUCUUAUUCAUAAAUUCAGUGCAUGAAGAAGCACAAGAGGACGAUAUUCAGGACAAAUUUUCUGAAUAUGGACAAAUUAAAAACUUGCAUUUAAAUUUGGACAGAAGGACUGGAUUUUUGAAAGGCUACGCAUUAGUUGAAUACGAGACAUUUAAAGAAGCACAGGCUGCGAAGGAAGCUCUAAAUGGUACAGAGAUCUUGGGUCAGGCCAUUUCUGUUGACUGGUGUUUCGUGAAAGGACCAAAAAAAAUCAGAAAGAGAAGUCACAGGAGGCGAUGAGUGUCAUAGCUAUUAAUGACUAUGAUUAUUAUCUAUUACGUAUAAUCAUUUUGAGUAAUACAAAAUAUUUUGUAUCUGAUAAAUGUUCUUAAUUUCAACUCUGUAAAUGCUGGAAAUAACAUAAAAAUUACUCUUCAAAAAUUAA